AUGAACAGCUCGGCACCAGGGCCGCAGCCAACGGGACACACCGGCGAGUGCCUGCCCAGUGACCCGGUGCUGUUCGUGCUGGUGCCCGUUGUCUACUGCCUGGUGCUGUGCGUGGGGCUGCCGGGCAACCUGGUGGCCUUGCUGGUCUUCCUGCAGAGCGGCAAGGUGAGGAAGGCCAUCCGCAUCUACCUCAUCAACCUCACGCUGGCCGACAUCCUCUUCAACCUCACGCUGCCCCUCUGGAUCCACUACUACCUGUCCGGGGGGGACUGGCUGCUGUCGGAGGCCGCCUGUCGCCUGGCGGGGGCCGCCUAUUACCUGGCGACCUACAGCGCCGUCACCUUCAUGGCGCUCAUCAGCUUCAACCGGUUCUGCGCGGUGCGGGCGGCGCGGCGGGCGCUGCCGCUCACGGGGCCCCGCGGCGCCGCACUGGCCUGCGCCCUGGCCUGGCUGCUGGGGCUGGGCUGCGCCGUGCCCACCCUGGCCGCCCGCCAGACCUUCCCCGCCCGCGCCGGGGCCACCGCCUGCUUCGAGCAGCACGGGCGGCACCGCGCCUACGCCUACGCCAUGGUGGGCUUCUUCGCCGCCGCCUUCCUGGUGGUGCUGGGCACCUACGCCUCCAUCGCCCGGGCGCUCUCGGCGCCCGCCGCCGCCGCCUCGCCGGGCUCCCACCGGCAGCAGGCGCGCGCCAUGGUGCUGGGGAUGCUGCUGGUCUUCGUGGUCUGCGUGGCCCCGUACCACCUGACGCUGGCCCCCUGGGUGGGCAGCCGGCCCCCCGCGCCGCCCUGCGGGCCCCCUGACACCCUGGACGUGCUGCACGCGCUGAGUGUGGCCCUGCUCAGCCUCAACAGCUGCCUGGACCCCCUCGUCUACUGCUUCUCCAUCCGGCGCUUCCGCGCCGACCUGGGCCGGACCCUGCGCAAGAUCGGCCGGUGCCUCCCGCUGCCCCCGCCGGGCCCCCCCGGGCCUGUGCCUGGCACCCGUGUGUCCUCCUUCAUCUCCUCGUAG